UUUCAGGAAGUAGCUGCAAAAAAUUCCAAGAGCGAAGAAACAGCUGUCUGUACCUGAAGAGAGUGCAGCAGCAGAGCUGCAACCUGAAGAUAAUAAUGUCUUUAACCGUUCUGACAACCGCUAACAGACUGAGGUCACUCUGCAGACUGCAGCGGAUCCAGGGCCACAUGAUGUCGAGUCAGGUGCAACCGGAGGUUCUGCUGGAGAAAGUGGGCAAUGCAGGUGUGAUCACCAUGAACAGACCGAAAGUCCUGAACGCCCUGAACAUGACCAUGGUCAAACAGAUCUACCCUCAGCUCAAGAAAUGGGAGAGUGACAGUGACACUGACAUUGUGAUCAUCAAAGGAGCAGGUGGGAAAGCCUUUUGUGCCGGUGGAGACAUCAGAGCGGUCACAGAGGCAGGGAAAGUUGGAGACCCUCUCGCACAGGACUUUUUCCGUGAGGAAUACACUCUCAACAAUGCCAUCGGAACAUGCAGGAAGCCAUAUAUUGCCCUUAUUGACGGAAUAACAAUGGGAGGGGGCGUAGGGCUGUCAGUUCACGGACGCUUCCGAGUGGCCACUGAGAAGACGCUGUUCGCCAUGCCGGAGACCGCCAUCGGGCUUUUCCCUGACGUGGGCGGUGGCUAUUUUCUGCCGAGGCUCCAGGGGAAGCUGGGACUGUUCCUGGCCUUGACGGGCUUCCGUCUCAAGGGACGUGACGUGCAGAGAGCCGGAGUGGCCACUCACUUUGUAGAGUCCAACAAGAUCCCAGAGCUGGAGAAGGAGCUGGUGGACUUGAAGUCUCCCUCUGCUGAGGACGUCUCCAGAGUGCUGGAUUCCUUCCAGAAGCAGAGUAGUCUGGAUUCUGAGAAGGCCUUCGUGUUGGAAAAGCACAUGUCUGAUAUUGACAGGUUGUUCAGCUCCAGCAGUGUGGAGGGAAUCAUGCAAAAUCUGAAGGCAGACGGCUCCGAGUUCGCUACCAAACAAGCUGCGACCUUGUCCAGGAUGUCCCCCACGUCCCUGAAACUCACCUACAGGCAGCUGCAGGAGGGUGCAGCCCUGAGCCUGCAGGAUGUGCUGGUGAUGGAGUAUCGACUGAGCCAGGCCUGCAUGAGGGGCUGUGACUUUUAUGAGGGUGUACGAGCUGUGCUGGUUGACAAGGACCAGAAUCCCAAGUGGAAGCCGCCCACACUGGAGGAGGUCUCGGAGCAGAUGGUGGAUCAGAGCUUCUCCUCGCUGGGAGAGAAAGACCUGACUCUCUGAUGCUCCACAACCUACUAACACACCACGAAGCCUUCGCCCCGCACCCCCUUAUGGCCGGUCACUGGAGAGGACUGUGGUCAUACACUGACUAGUUUGACUCAGUAGUAUUAAACACUGCAGUGACACUAUACAGGAGAACCAGGCAACUCCUCUGCAGCUGAAGAAAACCUCUGAUUCAUGUUCGCAGGCAGAAAUCUAAAAUAGUAGCAGAAGAGGGAGCUAACAGAUGCCCUGUGUGUCACACAUGAAAAAUGUUUAGUGUAAACUUGCUCUGCAGUGGAAGUGGAGUGGGUUUUUUUUUUUUUUUUUUUACAUAAGCUGUACAGCAGAAACUCUCCUUUGCUGCAAUUGCAAGAAAUCUGCUGCUGCACAGCAGCAUGGGAGGAGAAAAUGAUCUCACCACUGAGUGCUUUAUUACAUUUCCUGUGGGUGUUCAUUGAUGUGACAUGGAUCAGUAUCAUCUGUAUUUCUGCAGUGUGGUCACUUGUUCUCAUGCAGAUAAUGGAGUGUCUCCAUUUCUGCAUUUCCCUGUCUUCUUCCUUACAGUAGGAUCUGUACUGUAUCUGUACUUGUGUCAGAGAGAUACCCACACACUCCCAGGACUAACAGCACAUUUAGAAGUAUAUGGAUCUGAGUGAAUUCACAUGUUACAUUACAUUUUACAAUACAAAUGUGUUUAAUAAAGACUCAUUUACUCUUUACCAACAA